AUGUUUGCACAGAAUGCUGUGUUCACUUUCCAUCGCAGAUUUCGCUUUGCCUGUUUUGUUAAUUGCUUUGUUUUGUUGGUCAAGCUGGAUGGGGUUCAACCCAAAGUCUGCACUGUGCCAAUGUUGAAACAGAACUUAGACAAUGUUGUCUCGUCACAUAACAACUAUGUACAAAUGUACCUGCUGGUUGCGGACCAGAUCCAAUACACAGGUACACAGGGAUUCUUUGCAGAUUGCAAUUUGCUGGCCUUCUGCCCUGAUAUAUUCCAGCAACCAAUACCAGGUCACAAGUCUAGAUAA